AUUAACCUGCCUCCCGCAUGCCGCAUCCAACAAAUCCCGCUUGCCGCCCGCGAUCUGUCCCUGCCCAACUUGGUUUCGUUUCACUAAUCACUACUCGUACUAGCUACUCUACUAGCUCUCGCGCCUCCACCACCUCGAGACCACUCUCACCCCCGUAAUGGCCAAGCAACGACAGAGCAGCGCCGGCGCCGGUAACGUCGCCUCUGACGCCGUCCGGCCGAAGUCGGAGCGGGCGCGGAGGAGCGUGACGCGGCGGCGCCCCUCGCAACGCACCUCCGCGUACCGCGGCGUCACACGGCACCGGUGGACGGGGCGGUUCGAGGCGCACCUGUGGGACAAGAACACCUGGACCGAGCCGCAAAGGAAGAAGAAAGGGAGGCAGGUUUAUCUCGGGGCGUACGGCGGCGAGGAAGCGGCGGCGCGCGCCUACGACCUGGCGGCGCUCAAGUAUUGGGGCCGCGGCACCGUCCUCAACUUCUCGCUGUCUAGCUACGACCAAGAGCUGAAAGAAAUGGAGGAGCAGUCCAGGGAGGAGUACAUCGGCUCGCUCCGGAGGAAAAGCACUGGCUUCUCAAGAGGGGUGUCCAAGUACAGAGGCGUCGCAAGGCAUCACCACAACGGCAAAUGGGAGGCUAGGAUUGGGCGCGUGUUUGGCAACAAGUAUCUCUACCUAGGAACCUACGUGACACAGGAGGAGGCAGCCAUGGCGUACGACAUCGCCGCCAUUGAGCACCGCGGCCUCAACGGUGUGACCAACUUCGACGUCAGUCGCUACAUCAAGUGGCACCACUGCUGCCACGCCAACGACGCGGGUGGUCUCAACACCACUCUCUGUGUAAAUGAUCGGUUGCAACCGUCCCAGGCGAGUCCAACGUCUCAUGCGGUGUCGUCGCUUGGCCCGCUGCUGCAAUCGCCCAGAUUGAAGGAGAUGAUGGAGCGGGUGGCGGCCUCCCAGUCCCAGAGCAACACCAACUCGCCGUCUUCAUCCUCGUGUCCCCCCUCACCGCCACCGACGACCCACCAACACGAGCCAAGGCCUAGAAAUUCGUCAACGCGGUGCAGCUUCCCGGACGACGUGCAGACAUAUUUCGGGUGCGAUGAUGAGGAGGGCAUGAGCGGCUACGCGGAGGUUGACACGUUCUUAUUUGGGGACCUGGGCGUGUGCGCCGAGCUGGGCCUUUGAUAUGAACAAUUCAGCUUUUUUCUCUCUUUGGAGUGGACAAUAUUGUGUUUAUAGAUAAGCAAAAGGAUUUGCCUACUGCAUAAUGUAACAUGCAGUGCGUUAAUUCCUGCGCAACCUCAGCAUGGCGUAAAUAACCAGCAUAAACUGGACGGUUGACAAAGGUUGUGGGAGAAAAAAUCAGACAAAAAAAAGGCCGCCCCUGCAAGGACGACGGGCUUCUAAUGGUUAGUUUCCGUAAUAUACAUCAACUGGGACGGUGUUUUGAAUCA